GAAGCCUGCCGCGGUUAUGCACUGCUUCUUUUAAGUGAACUAACUGUUUCUAAUAUUCACUACGAAACCGACACCGUCGCUAUUCUCCUCUUCACCUCUGUAAAAGUUACGAAAAGUUACGAAAAGUUACUUACUCACACGCUUCACGCCUCGAUAAUAACUUUUGUUCUUAUCUCCACACGGGCCCACCAAGUUAUUUUAAAAUUUAAAAUUCUAACUAGUUAAAUUUCGUUCCAACGAGAACAAAAACACCGAUUACCUUUUUCAAAGGUAAAUCAUGACUUUUCACACAAAAAGUACUUCGGUAGCAACAACUGCCCUGGCACGUAAAAAAAACAUAGAAAUUACAAAUCUAUUCUAUUAAAAGGGAAACAGUCUUAAUAAAUAUACUUAUAAAGGUUGUUUGGACUCUUUCAUUUUUUAGUCCAACCUAUUAUAUAUAACUAAAUCUUAUAAUCAACCUAUUUUAUAGCAACCAAAUAAAAAUCUCCUACAUUUAAAUAAAACAUAUUACUGUUUAUUGACUUUAAAUAUUAUAAUCUAAACCGUCGACCUAUAGCCUUUUAAAUAUGUACAUAGGUUUUGUAUGAACCAUUGUUCUAUUAGUAAUGUUUAUAUAAUAUGUUUGUUUCGAAUGAUGGUAUGAAAUUAUUAUAAACCAACAUUAUACCUCAUAUAACAAGACUUUAAUGAACCAUAUAUUAGAUAUCUAUUAUUUAAAUGAGUCAGUGUUUUCAUCACAAAAAUAUAACAAAUUAGUGUUUUCAUCAAAGCAUUUUAACAACUUAAAGGUUUGGUAAAAUGUUUAUACCUAAGAGAGAGUUAUAUAAGAGUGUACAUAUAUUUGAACAAAAAAAGAAUACAUACAAAAUCUUAAAUAAAUUAAUUCAUGAAUUAUAUAAUUUAAAGAAAUUAUUUUUUUGACAUCAUAUAAUUUGUAACAUAAUAAUUUACAACAUUUUCAAAAUAUUAAUUCACAAAUUUUGUAUAUAAUCCAAAGAAAAACCCGCGCUUUCAAAGCGCGGGUCAAAAUCUAGUAACUCUUCUUAAAAUGGUAAGUCUUUUGACAUAGUUCAUCAAUAUAUAUAUAUAUAUAUAUAUAAAUAUACUAAAAAGUACUUGCAUACAUCUAAGGCAUGCAGCUGCACCAAAAGUACUUAUAAAAUUACAGAAAAGCAAAAAAGUUGAUUUUAAAUUAGAAAAACCAGAGAGAAGAGAUAAAAGUAGGAUAGUAUGCUGGGUAACUUGGGUUGAAUCUGUACGAACGAAAACAAAUUUGGAAAGUUUGACCAAACCAAGACAAGACACGACACAAAUCUCACCUAGAUACUCCAAAACAAAGACUCCAAAACAAAUGCCUAAAGAAAGUGAAACCAACUAAUAAGUCCCGAACUAAACUAACUCGUCUGGUUAAGCAAAAGGAAAAGGAAAGAGAUGGAAGUACAGUUUGAUUGUAACGUUAUCAACUGAUGAAAAGAGAUACACACACAAGUACUUUCUUUGACCGUAAUAUAUCAAGACCAUGGGUCUCUUUUGAAAACUGUUUUGGUGUCAAACUGUUCUCUCUCUCUCUCUCUCUCUCUCUCUCUCUCUCUCUCUCUCUCUCUCUCUCUCUCUCUCUCUCUCUCUCUCUCUCUCUCUCUCUCUCUCUCUCUCUCUCUCUCUCUCUCUCUCUCUCUCUCUCUCUCUCUCUCUCUUCUCUCACUCACACGGUUCCAGCAUCCUCCAACAAUGGCUGAAGACGAUACUCCCCCACGUUUCUUUAAAGUUUUCAUCUCCCAUCACAGCUCAGAUUCCAUGUUGAUUCCCAUUUCCUACACCCAUGAACUUCCGAGAAUUUUACCCAAAACAGCCAUUCUCCAAGGAACUGGUGGGUGUUUUUGGAAAGUCGAGAUGAAGAGGAAGAGAGAUGAGGUCUACUUUGGAAAAGGAUGGACCAAAUUUGUUACGGACAACUCUCUUAAUGACGGAGACUUUCUGACCUUUGUGUAUAAUGGAGCCAACGUUUUCGAGGUCAGCAUCUAUGGCCUUGGUGGAUGUAAGGAGAUGAGAGCAGUCACUGAAGUCGAAGAGGUCAAAGAAGACAGUGUUGUGUCUUUAAGCAGCACAGACUCAGACACUAGUUCUGAAUCCGUGGUGGCCAAUACAAUCAGCAAGAACAAAGGGAAGUCGCAAGUGGUAGAAGAUGAGGAUGAGUCUGAAGAGGCUGAGGCUGAGACUUGUUCUGAGUCCACUGUGGCUAAAACAACCACGGGAAGCCGAAACAAAGGAAAGAAGAAAGAGAAAGUUGUGGAGUCUUCUAAUGAAGACAGUGACAGUGAUUAUACUGAAGCGAAUGAAGACAGUGACAGUGAUGAUACUGAAGUUUCUGGUGACUUGUAUGCAUUUAGUGAGAGUUCUAAUACUGUGGCACAGCCAAAAAAGAAGAGGGAGAGAGUAACGAUCAAGAAGAUCAAAGAUCCGGAGAAAUAUUUGGUUGAUCCAAAGAAUGUGUUCUUUGAGACAAACGUGAAGAAUAGACCAUAUGAGCUGUUGGUUAGUGCACAACUAGUGAAAGACUAUGACUUAAAGUUCAAGAAGUUGGUUUACUACACUGACUAUCACAAGGACGGGAAGCUACAAGCGAAGACAACAAAAUGGAAGGAUAAUCGCGUUUGUAUCAAAAAGUGGAACCGCAUAUGCAAGAGGAACAAGUUGAAGAAAGGAGACGGCAUAUUGUGUGAGCUUAAGCGCAAAGAGGGUUUUGUUUACGCCGUUAUAAUCCAUAUCGUUCGUGAAAAGGAUUUGUAAACAGAGUGAGUACUAGGAGGAGAACCUGCAGGUCAAUUACAUGAGCUUGUCUUUUAAUUUUAUGUUGUCUAUUAGUGCAGUUAUGAUGUUAUGUUUGAGUGUCGUAGCAGAAAUUUUUAUAUUUCCAUUUUUUUUUUGCUAGUAACGUAUGCAACUUUGAACUGUA